AUGGCCAAUGAUGCAAAAGAAGAGACUGAUGCGCUUGAUGCGCUUGAGCUCGAGGCUAAGGAGUUUGACAAGGACGCCGAGAUUGACAGGAUCCUAAAAGCCUUCCGCCUCGAUGCCUAUGCCGUUCUCGACCUGCAACCAGGUGUGCCCGACUCGGACAUCAAAAUGUGCUACCGGAAGAAGUCCCUCCUUAUCCAUCCCGACAAGACCAAGAACCCGCAGGCGCCCGACGCCUUUGACCGCCUCAAGAAGGCGCAGACCGAGCUCAUGGACGAAAAGCACCGCGAGCGCCUGGACGAGGCCAUUGCCGAUGCCCGCAUGCUGCUGAUUCGUGAGAACAAGUGGACCGUCGACAGCGAGGAGCUCAAGACGCCCGAAUUUGCCAAAAUGUGGCGGGACAAGUCCCGUGUUGUCCUCAUCGACAAUGAGCACCGACGACGCAGGCAGCUGAAGGGUCAGAUGCAGGAGGAGGGUCGCGAGCAGAAGAAGCAGGAGGAGGAGCUCGACCAGAGGAAACGCAAGAGGCAGCACGAACAGGACUGGGAGGCCACGCGUGACCAGCGCAUCGACAGCUGGCGAACUUUUCAAAAGGGAAAAUCGGGCGAGGGCAAGAAGAAGAAGAAGAUGAAGCCCAUUGGCUGA